UUUAAAAUCCAGUGCAACAAAAAAAAAAGAAACGCCUAUACUUAAUUGCCAAUUCAAUUUUCAAUAAUCUACGAUUCAAAUAAGUAAAGCGCGUUACUUUUCUCAAGCCAGUUUAAUCUUUCACAAAGUUAUAAUUGAUGCUUUUCACACACUUAUCUUCGAUUCCAGCAAAAUGCGCCCAGAUAAAUGAUACACCGAUAAAAAUCAGGGUUUUUUUUCGUCAUAAGGAAUACCGAUAACGCAAGACGCGAUAAAAUCUGCAUCAGCAAGACGCAUCGUCUCCUCGGGAAGAAAGCGAGUCGCGUAAAAGCGUUAUCGUUCAAUAUUUUGAGAACCGGCUGACCCGUCGAGGAUAAAAGAUACGACCCGGUUGCGCGAGGUUAACGCAUUUGACAUUUCUAUAAUCAGCUGUCGCGCUCAAUAUGGCUGCCCGCGCAAGACGCGCUUUCCUCCGCAACGCUGGAGAGACGCCUACAUCAGGACGAUUGGGACGUGAACGUGGUUGAACGCGAUCGAGGGACUCCUCCGUACUGCGAAUCGCGAGGAUAUCCCAGCGAGAGGAUAUUCACGAUGGCGGGCAACGACGUAGUGCUGGAGGGAUUUAUAUGCCCUAUAUGCAUGACCGAUUUCAAGGCGCCCAAUCACCUGACCAAACACUUCGAGGAGAUUCACAACGACGAUCCGGAGAUCCUGAGAUCGCUGAAAGAUCUGUUUGGCAAAGCCAAGAAGAAGAUCCUGAAGCAGGACGAUAUCCCGGAGGCGUUUCCAAGCGCGAUACCGCAGGACAAGAGACGGAGUCCUGAGAUCAAUUGGGGACCACAAGAAAUAGGUGCAAUUACAUCUCACACAAAGUAUUUUAAGGGUGUGAGAAACGCUCGGCUAGAGAGAUACGCGUAUGAAACAAAUAAGCUUCUCAUAAGGCUAGACAAAUUAUUAAAUAACUUACCGUCUGAUCCUGUCGAUAGAAAAGCUCACGAACGCACCGUUGUACCGUGGAUCGAUGAAAAGGAUGUGAAAUUGUGUCCUAAUUGUGCUAAGAGCUUUCAUCUGGCAAGACGAAAACAUCACUGUAGAUUAUGUGGGGCGGUUAUGUGCCAUAAUUGUACAGUAUUUUUGUCCCUGAUCGAUGCGCGAAAAAUGACUAGUCCUGUAUCGAUACAAGAUGAUUCCGCUCUGUCUCCUACGUCGGAACGAGCAUUCACCGAGAGGGUAACACGUGCGGGUAUUGGUCUCACAAAAUUAGCGCGUUCACCUUCCAACGGUAGCCUGAACAGCGUUCUAUCGCUGGUCAAUGAUCCGGCUAGCGGUGAACAGCAUUUUAGAGUUUGUACUCACUGCAUAAACUUGCUCGAUGCAAGGGAGAUGCAGAAAGCGAAGCAAUUCGACAAACCGAUCAUUUGCGAAUUCUACGAGAAAAUGAGGGAAUACAUGAACGAAGCGUCGCAGUAUUUAGCGAUGUACAACAAAAUGUGGGAAUCGUUGAAAGAAGGCGAGACUAUAUACGGUUUAGAAGAUGCGCAAUCGUUACGGGUCAAACUGGCAAAGUUGGGGGAAAACAUCGAUGCGACCAGUAAAAGAAUUCUAGUCCAUGGCGUGAAGAAAGGUACGGAGGAUUCGCAGGAGGCAUUGGGACAAGAAUUGAGGCUAUAUCAGAUGGUUAGAACAUCGGCAAUGAUAUUUCUGAAAGAGGAGUUGUUAGCUCUACAGCCCUUGCCCUCGGUAGAAGAAUAUGCAGCUUUACAAGAGGAACGUCAGAAAAGGAUAGAGGCCCGAAUAGCGUACGAGCGGCAAUUGGAGGAAGAACAACGAGAGAAACCGAAAGAACAGCGCAAGAAAGAUACAUGGAAUUUAGACAGCAGUCCAUCUUUGAAAACCAGUCAGGCACAAGCGAUGGUGACUCAAUCUCAAGGCUGGGGUCCGUCUCAUAUUACACCCAUCAUGUCUUCCUCCAUGGAUCCAAUAAUCGAACAAAUGAGCAAUCUUCGCGCGUACAUUAAACAAGCCCGCGACGAUUGCAAGUACGACGAGGUCGCAACGCUAGAAAACAAUCUUCGAGAACUUCAAAGUGCCUACUUUGCUAUGACACAAAGUAAUAGUAAUGACGGGUAGACAUAUUCGAAUAACACAUUUCUUACACUUUGGCAUGUAAAAUGUUGAAUUCUUCUACAGUGUGUUACCUAUUAAUUUGCAAAGUAUUUAAUAAAAAUCUUCUCGAAACAAAAUCUUAGAGCACGCAUUAUAUAAUGAAUAAAUACUCAAAUAUAAUUAAAUAUAUAAGAAUAUAAUCUGCAAGAUA